AUGACAUAUAUGAGAAUCCACAACCAGGAAGAAAGUAUCAACAAUUGACGAAACAAAAUGGAGGUAGAAUAGAAUUCCACGUGAGGCAAUACCGAGAAACGAGAUAUACACUUCAUUUCUGCAAACUUUUAUAAAAUAAUUCAAAAAAUUCUUCAAUGUCACACUUUCGUCGAUUCAGAUUGAGACACUCUUGUUCCCUCGCAUGUGCCCCUCAAAUUAAUUCCCACCUCCCUUAAAUAAUUCCACACUUUUUUUUUCAACACUAUAUAACCCAACUUCAACGAAAUUUGAACUUUCAAACCCCAUAAAUUAAAACUUAAAAUUAAAUAAAAUCAAACAUGCAAAUGCAAGAAAAACCCUCCUCUUCUUUAUCAUCAAAAUGGGUCGUCACUUAUUCAUCAAAAUUUCAAUUUUUCCUAAAAAUGCGUCGGUUUUUUAUCCAACACAAAAAACCCACCAAGAAACAGCCUUUGCCUUUGCCUUUGCCUUAUGAUUUUAAUGUUCAUGUUAUUAACAAUGAUAAUGAUUUACUAGAAGUGAAAGCAGAGGAAACAGAGGAGGUGAUGCAGGGGAAAAGCGACGGCGGCGACCGGGCUGACGGCGCGGUGUUGCAGAGGGCGGUGAAAGAGCUCCUCUUUGGGAAGUGGGCGGAGAAAGAAAACGCCGCUAAGGAGAUUAAACGUUUGGCGUCGGAAAAUGUUAAGAUGAGAAAGAGUUUAGGUGAGUUGGGUGUUAUUCCUCCUUUGGUUGCUAUGGUGGAUUCUGACGUUGUUUCUCGGCGCUUAUUGGCUGUUCAAGCCUUGAAUCAUCUCUCUGACGGCACUUUCACGAACAAGGCUCUAAUAUUGGAGGCAGGAAUCUUAUCAAAACUACCAUUAAAUAUUGAAGAAUUAGAUGAACAAUUAAGGCAUGAUUUUGCCCUAUUACUCUUAUCAAUAUCAUCACUAUUCAACACUCAAUUUUCUUUCAACCAAUCCACACUUUUUUCUUUCCUACUAAACAUUCUCCAAUCAAAUUCAACAACUGAAAACUCAAAAGAGGUAUGCCUUGGCACUCUAUACAACCUCUCUACUGUGUUAGAGAACUCAGGACCAUUGAUCUCGUUUCGAGUCGUGGACAUUCUCUUAAGCUUACUAUCUUCAUCUAGGGAAACUAUUUCCGAACAAGCUCUUGCUACAUUGGGAAACUUAGUAGUAACUUUCAUGGGUAAAAAGGCGUUAGAAGAUAGCGCGAUGAUGCCAGAGAGUUUGAUAGAUAUACUAACAUGGGAAGAUAGGCCUAAAUGUCAAGAACUAUCAGCAUAUAUAUUAAUGAUCUUAGCUCAUCAAAGCUCCAAACAAAGAGAUAAGAUGGCGAAAUCUGGAAUUGUUCAUACUUUGCUUGAAGUUGCCUUGUUAGGGAGUCCUUUAGCUCAAAAGAGAGCAUUGAAAUUACUACAAUGGUUUAAAGAUGAAAGACAAGUUAGGGUUGGGCCUCAUUCCGGGCCACAAACAAGGUUUAUUGCACCGGGUUCGCCGAUGACUGAAGGUGAAACUAGUGAAGGGAAGAGGUUGAUGAAGAAGAUGGUACAACAAAGCUUGUAUAAAAAUAUGGAGGUGAUUACUAGAAGGGCUAAUGCUACAGGAGAGACCACUAAGCUUAAGUCCUUGGUUAUUAGCUCUAGUUCUAAGAGCUUGCCUUACUGAAUAUUCCCUCCGUCUCAUUUUAUAUGUCCCAGUUGUCCCAGUUGAACGAAAAAUGUCUCACAUUUUUUGUCAAUUGGGGCUAGUAAAACGCGACGAACCGGAGGUAGUAACAUUUUUUCUUGAAAAGAAUUUUAGUAUGAAAUUUUGGAGUUCAAGAAUGGCUGAAUUUGCACAUAGUUUGGAACCUUAAUUACUAUAUUUCUCUUGCUCGGAGAAUCCAAAAGAGGGAUGAAGUUAUAGUUUCUUUUGAAGAGAACUUGUGUAUUAUUUUGGUUGUAAAUCUCAAUUGUUGAUAACUUGAUGUGAAUGAUGAAUUAUGAAUUUAAGUUUUUUCCUUUUUUACA